AGAAAAAAAAUAAGUGACUGCAAAGAGGGAAGAGAAAGGAGGGAAAAAAGAAAGAAAGAAAGAAAAGCAAUGGUGGAAGCCAUAGAAGAGCACAAAGUUUUCUUGAUCAAAUAAUCAUCUUUUGUAUUUAUUUAUUUCUAUUUGUAUUUCUUUUUCUGGGUUUGGUUUUUCUUCUUCGCUCGAUCUUUCUUCCUAUAUCUUCCCCACAGUUUCUCUAUCUGCUCUCGUCUUCUUCCAAGAAAUUGUUGUGUCCCUCUUCACAUAUUAAGAAGACCAUAUUCAAAGAUUGGAAGAUACGUACAUACAUUCUGCUUUUUUGCAAUCUAUACAUGUGUAUAGAGGUGACGAAUGCCUGUAGAGGGAAGCAUGCAUUUUGGUUCUUGAAUGCUUUGGAGAGUUUUCUUGGGGAAUAGAUUCUUGAUCGAGGAUUUGUUGGUGGGGUGUUGUGGUUUAAGCAGCAUUAAUGGCGGAGGGGCUGUUGCAAGUUGAUGUGGCGUCAGUGGUGGAAGAUGUGCUCCAACAGCAUGGGAAGAGACUGAGCGACAUUGAUUUGGCCUCAAGAAAAGCUGAGGAAGCUUCAUCAAGAAGAUGUGAAGCUGCUGGAUGGUUACGGAAGAUGGUCGGAGUUGUUCUAGGAAAAGAUUUGCCGGAUCAGCCUUCUGAAGAAGAAUUUAGACUUGGCUUGCGAAGUGGGAUAAUACUUUGCAAUGCGCUUAACAAGGUUCAGCCUGGUGCUGUGACAAAAGUAGUUGAGGCGCCUUCUGAUACUGUUAUAGUUCCUGAUGGAGCUGCUCUCUCUGCAUACCAAUACUUUGAAAACAUUAGGAACUUUCUUGAUUCUGUUGGGGGAAUGGGAAUUCCAGUUUUUGAAGCCUCUGAUUUGGAACAGGGAGGGAAGUCUUCCAGAAUUGUGAAUUGUGUUCUGGCCCUGAAAUCAUACAAUGACUGGAAAGAAGGAGGUGGGAGAGGAGUAUGGAAAUUUAGUGGAACCUCAAAGGCCCCUUCAAUAGCCAAGCAAUUCGUCAGAAAAAAUUCUGAGCUGUUUAUGAAUUCACUCUCAAGGAACUCAUCCAUUAAUGAGAAGUCUUAUGAUAGUUUGUCAAGUGAGCAGAACUCAUGCAGUGAUCUUGGGCAGGACAGUAGUGAAACGGGUAUCUCUAAUUCCUUGCAUAUACUUGUUCGUGAACUUCUUUCUGAUAAGAAGCGAGAAGAUAUCCCCAUGGUUGUGGAGAAUAUGUUGAGUAAAGUUAUGGAGGAAUUUGAACUUCGGUUGGCAAGGCAAAAUGAUCAGGUUAGAUCAACUUUGAGAGAUAUGGGUGUUCCAAGUUACAACAAGCAUGAGGAGAUAGAGAUCGCAAACAUAGUGGAAGAGAAGAGUUGGUCUGAGAAUGGUUUUCACGAUGGCAGAUCAAAAGGAGAUGAUUUGAAUCACCAAGGCGUGGUUGAGCACCAGCAAAGAAGCAUACAGGCACUCAAGAAUACACUUCAUUCUACUAAAGAAGACGUGCAAAUGCUAUGCAUGAAGUAUCAACAAGAAAUCGACAAUCUAGGUAAACACCUAAAUGGUCUGGUUAGCGCAGCUUCAGGUUACCAAAAGGUUCUUGAGGAGAAUCGCAAACUAUACAAUCAAGUUCAAGACCUCAAAGGAAAUAUAAGGGUCUAUUGCCGAAUACGACCUUUCUUACCUGGGCAGCCAACCGGUUCGAGCACUGUGGAAGUUAUAGAUGAAAAGACUCUCACAGUGCUCACUCCUUCAAAAUAUGGAAAGGGCAAAAAGUCGUUCACUUUUAACAGGGUUUUCGGUCCAUCUGCAAGCCAAGAAGAAGUAUUUUCAGACACACAGCCACUGAUACGUUCUGUCCUUGAUGGGUAUAAUGUGUGUAUAUUUGCUUAUGGUCAAACUGGAUCCGGAAAAACACAUACAAUGACAGGACCAAAAGAACUUACAAAAGAGAGCAUAGGCGUAAAUUACAGGGCACUGAGUGAUUUGUUUCUUAUCUCAGAACAGAGAAAAGACAGCAUUUCCUAUGAUGUCUCUGUUCAGAUGAUUGAAAUCUACAAUGAGCAAGUUAGAGAUCUCCUUGCAACUGAUGGUGUCAAUAAAAGAUUAGAAAUUCGGAACAACUCCCAGAAUGGUUUCAAUGUACCAAGUGCAAAUCUUGUACCUGUUACAUCAACAACUGAGGUCCUGAAUUUGAUGAACCUUGGGAUGAAACAUCGUGUAGUUGGUUCCACUGCAAUGAACGACAGAAGUAGUCGUUCUCACAGUUGCCUCACAGUUCAUGUUCAAGGAAGAGAUUUGAGUUCUGGUUCAAUUCUUCGUGGUUGUAUGCAUCUGGUUGACCUGGCAGGAAGUGAAAGAGCUGAUAAAACUGAGGCUGUUGGUGAUAGAUUGAAGGAGGCUCAACAUAUUAAUCGUUCUCUAUCUGCUUUAGGAGAUGUAAUAUCCUCUCUUUCACAAAAGAAUUCACAUGUCCCUUACAGAAACAGUAAGCUUACACAGUUGCUUCAAGAUUCACUAGGAGGUCAAGCAAAGACUCUUAUGUUUAUUCAUAUCAGCCCAGAGCCCAAUGCUCUUGGAGAAACCAUUAGUACUCUUAAGUUUGCUGAACGUGUUUCAACAGUUGAGCUCGGUGCUGCUCGAGCAAACAAAGAGAGUGUUGAUGUCAGAGAACUAAAAGAACAGAUAGCUAGUCUUAAAGCUGCCUUAAUGCGGAAAGAGAGAGGAGAAUCUGGCAUUCAACAAUCCAGAUCUAUAAGCCCUGAUGGAGUAAUAGCUAGAUCUUCUGGAUCUUCUCCGUCGCAUUCAUCUUGUCAAAGUCUUGCAGAUAUCUGUAAGGCAGAGGGACGGAGUAACCCAUUAACAAUUUCAAGAGUUCAGAGCUUUGAUAAUCAGGAUUUUAUGGAUUCACCUCCGUGGCCAGCAUUUAGUAGUCUGGGGUCAAUGGAAGAAGGUGAUUGGGUUGAUCAGGUUAUUGUGAAGAAGCAAGGUGGUUUGAGUGGCGAUAAUAACCUAGUAAAGUGGGACGAAGACGGUAGACAGUCACCUGAGAUGUUCUAUCAGAAGCAGAGUCUUGAAAAUUCUAAGGUGUACCCCUUACAAUCUUUGAAAAAACUUUCGGACCAUGGACGAUUCAGCCUAGAUCACAGUUUGGGGAGUACUCCAUAUGAAGCCAGAGCCAAGAGUGAACCAGAUCACCUGGAAGCUGAAACUAGUGAUUGUUCAGAGAUAGAUUACCAAUGGCAACUCAAUGUUCCUCGUUCUAACUGCAUGCCUAAUGGUGUAACAGCAAAAGUCCAGAGAGCUAGCCCAAAGCCCAUAAAGAGCCCAGAAACAAGGAGCCUAAUGCCUCAACCAAGGAGAGUCACCAAUGGGAUGCGUUCCCCGUUGCAUAAAUAUGGGAGACAACCAGCUUCUGCCGAUGGAAAACGGAGACCAGGCAGUCUGAAGUGAGAGCUGCACUAGUGUGUGUGGAUUAUUAUACACAAACCAGGUUGUAAUAUGUUGCAAUGAGGAUGUGGUUGUUUUGAGCUUCGUUUUCUUUCUGUGAAUUAUUUAGUUAGGCAUUCAUUGAUUGAGAGGUGCAUACGCAGAGGAUGGCAAUACUUCUCAUUGCCAUAUCUCUAUUUCUUUGAACUUUCUUCUCUUCUCCCAAAUUCCAGUGGUGAUUUUAGGUUUUUUGAUGUCCCACUGAUAGAGUGUUGCUGUUAAUAUAUGAAUUUGUCAUUUUUUUUCUUUUCUUUUUCCCAAAAAAAAAAAUACUGUA